UAACAAUAAUAAGCGAGCGGUUGGCGCAGCGACCAUCGAAGCCACAUCAUCAUCGUAAAUGACACAUUUUUUGCACAAGAAGACAAGAGACGAAAAUUCGCGGAACGGUCGGAAUCGAUCGCGAUGAAUUCUUGAAUUCUCCGCUCCGUCGUCGCUGUUGUUGUUGUUGUUGUUGUACAAGUAGGAAGCGGUUUCCUCCCGUGAGCUUCGGGAGAUGAAAUUUGUCGCUGUCGCAACGGGGAAACGGGAUCAUUUUCGAACGAAAAGAAGAAGAAGAACGGGCGAGACUUACGACGUACAUAGCAAAUUUCCCCGAGAAGUCGAUUUUUGUGUCAGUCAGACAACGAGGCGGCGGUGUAUCAAAGCGGCGAUAGAUAGCUCGUGCCGCGUCUCGCUUAUUCCUCAAUUCCUGCGUUGAUAGUCACACAUGACCAUAGCUGCCAAAGCUUUAUUUAUCGUCACAUGGUGGGGGGGGGGCUGCGUUUCGGAGUUAUUUUCUCAUAAUAACGCUCUUUUCCCUUAUUCCACCGACCGGGAAUGGGCGGGUGCGAUGAGAACGGAACUGUACAUGUAAAUAAGCCGGGUGUAUAAACAUCGUUACCCGGCCGGGCGGUCGCCGCGCCCCUUCACCUGCCGGGGCUGCUGUGCUGUGACAUGAUGACGCGCUCUUCGGGGGGCCGCUUGUGGGACGUUUCCCUCUUCGAAGACCCGCUUCUUUUCUGUCCGAAGAAGAGCGCCCGGCGAUCGCCUUUCCUUAAACAAAUUAUGGUGUCAAAAGGUCGCGGAAAGGAAAGCCACCGCGUAGUCGACGCGUACGCACGGGGAAAUGUGCGAAAAUGACCUUGCGCGGAGUCGCGCUCAUGAUCAUGCUGCCGAGAAAGAAGUCGCACCAUCCACCCAUCGUGGUCGUGGGGCGAUCUGUGAAAUACAGCCCAUCUGCGGUGAACGUUGGAUUGGGACUCGCUGCUGGAGGCUGUGCGUUUCCUAAGCUGUAACCACAUCUUCAGAAUUUUCUGUCCAGGGAGCUGAAUCAGAAAUUGGGCCUAGAGGUCAAACAUCCAUGCCCCUUGGGAAUACGUGAAGCAAGGCCACAGGAAAUUGCACUGCACGACGUGAAAGUUUUUCCGCAAAAAUGGAGGAAGGUUACAGAGACAGAUCGGCCUUCAUCCGGGGGGCCAAAGAUCUUGCCAAAGAAGUGAAGAGGCAGGCUGGCAAGAAGGUGGGUCGUGGCAUUGACAGAAUGUCAGAUGAAUAUUCAAAGCGCUCCUAUACCCGCUUCGAAGAGGAUGACGAUGACGACUACCCCGUGCAGGGCCAGGACGGUGGCUUCUACCGCAGUGACAGUCGGGCCAAUGACGACGAGGGCGCCCACAGUGACUCCACUGAGGGGCAUGAUGAGGAUGAUGAAAUUUACGAGGGCGAAUACCAGGGCAUCCCUCGGGCUGACUCGGGCAAGGCCGACGGGCAGCUGGGUGGCGCGCCAGGGCCGGUGGGGGCCCAGUUCCGGGACUUUGGCGAGCAGGCUGGCGAGAGGAGGAAGGAUCGAGAGGAACUGGCACAGCAGUAUGAGACCAUCCUGCAAGAGUGUGGCCACGGGCGCUUCCAGUGGACCCUCUACUUUGUGCUGGGCCUGGCGCUCAUGGCCGAUGGUGUGGAGAUCUUUGUGGUUGGCUUUGUUCUUCCCAGUGCCGAGAAGGACAUGUGUCUGUCCGAGCCCAACAAGGGCAUGCUGGGUCUCAUUGUGUACCUGGGUAUGAUGGUGGGUGCCUUUCUCUGGGGUGGCUUGGCCGACAGGAUUGGACGACGUCAGACUUUGCUCAUCUCCCUCUCCAUCAACAGCGUCUUUGCCUUCUUCUCCUCCUUCGUCCAGGGAUACAGCACAUUCCUCUUUUGCCGCCUUCUCUCUGGUGUUGGGAUUGGAGGCUCAAUCCCCAUUGUUUUCUCCUACUAUUCUGAGUUCCUGGCCCAGGAGAAGCGAGGAGAACACCUUAGCUGGCUCUGCAUGUUCUGGAUGAUCGGGGGCAUCUAUGCCUCGGCCAUGGCCUGGGCCAUCAUCCCACAUUAUGGCUGGAGUUUCCAGAUGGGCUCUGCGUACCAGUUCCACAGCUGGCGGGUCUUUGUGCUGGUGUGUGCCUUCCCCGCAGUCUCUGCCAUCGGGGCCCUCACCACUAUGCCUGAGAGCCCUCGCUUCUUCCUGGAGAAUGGAAAACAUGAUGAGGCCUGGAUGAUCCUCAAGCAAGUUCAUGACACCAACAUGAGGGCCAAAGGUUACCCAGAGAGAGUGUUUUCAGUUACCACCAUUAAAACGGUAAAGCCUUUGGAUGAGCUGGUGGAGAUGGGUGGUGAGGCUGUAGUUUGGCACAAGCGCUGGAGGAUGAAGCUCAUGAGCGUUUUCCGCCAGGUGUGGAGCAAUUUCCUUGCCUGCUUCUCGCCAGAGUAUCGCCGCACCACCCUUAUGAUGAUGGCUGUAUGGUUCAGCAUGUCCUUCAGUUACUACGGUCUGACAGUGUGGUUCCCUGACAUGAUCAAGUACUUGCAGAAGCAGGAAUAUUCCAGUCGCACCAAAGUUUUUAUCAAGGAGAAGGUGGAGCACAUCACUUUCAACUUCACCCUGGAGAAUCAGAUCCAUCGCAAUGGGGAGUACUUCAAUGACAAGUUCAUGAACUUGAAGAUGAAGUCUAUGCUGUUUGAGGACUCUGUGUUUGAGGAAUGCUACUUCGAAGACAUCACUUCCAGCAACACCUUCUUCAAAAACUGCACCUUCAUCUCCACUCUUUUCUACAACACAGACCUUUUUGAGUUCAGGUUCAUCAACAGCCGCCUCAUCAACAGCACCUUCCUACACAACAAGGAGGGCUGCAUGCUGGACUUCAGCGAUGAAAACAACGCCUACAUGAUCUAUUUCGUCAGCUUCCUGGGCACGCUAGCCGUGCUGCCAGGGAACAUUGUGUCCGCCCUGCUCAUGGAUAAGAUUGGACGACUGAGGAUGCUGGCGGGCUCAAGUAUGAUAUCUUGCAUCAGCUGUUUCUUCCUGUCAUUUGGCAGCAGUGAGUCUGCCAUGAUUGCCCUGCUCUGCCUUUUUGGUGGCAUCAGCAUUGCCUCCUGGAACGCCCUGGAUGUUCUGACGGUUGAGCUGUACCCCUCAGACAAAAGAACCACAGCCUUUGGCUUCCUGAAUGCGCUGUGCAAGCUGGCUGCAGUCCUGGGCAUCAGCAUCUUCACCUCCUUUGUGGGCAUCUCCAAGGCCGUGCCCAUCAUGUUCGCCUCUGGGGCGCUGGCUGCGGGCAGCUCCUUGGCACUCAAGCUGCCAGAGACGAGGGGUCAGGUGCUGCAGUAGUUAGUUGUCAUGCGAGGUGGGUGGGGGGGCCAUAGAGGGAGAAUGACAUUGAAAAGUGGUCUCACUGCGACCAAAGCCCAUAGCCUUGGUCCAGUCCUAGGUGACCACUUGGGGCAUUCAAGAAAUGUCUGCCCUAAAACUCUCUUUGCCAUCAGUAUAACAGUUUAAGGUGAAAUAACUUAAUUUCAUAUUAAUUCAACUUUCCUUUUCAUAUCAGUUGCCCUUUAAACAAAUUCUGGGCAAGUUAUUUCUUGAAAUAAUGUUGAAUGUCAUCGACAUUGUUUUAUUCCACUCAGUUCUUGCUUGCAAUAGUAUAACUGUCUCAUUGACUGUGGUUGUGUAAGAUUUGCAGUAAAAACGGUGACUUCUAAGGAAUUUAGAACACUGCUAAGUGAAAAUAUCUUCACUUAUUCACCUAUACAUACGUGAUGUUAAACAUCUGCUUUUAUAUUUGCAUUUCGAAUCUUAACAGUUGAGAACGUCAUGGGAUGUCUGCUGUGUCUAGAGGAAUGUUUGCCGACUCAUUGCGAAGUACUACUGCAUCACAUAUGUUGUACAGCACUGUCAAAAUUACCAUUAGUUUAUAGCCAUUCAACAGCACUUUCUGUAAGAGAAAAAUAGCACAACUGAAGUUGCCCCUCGAACCGUGGGCUAGUUGGUAGCUGAGCCAUACAGAUCUCUAAACAGAUUCAUAAAAAGCCACCCCACCAGUAGGCUACCGAGACGAACUCUGCUGAAAUUGCAGUCCUUCAAGGUGGUUGUUGCUCAGAAUCAAACUGUUCACCCCCUUUUUAGUGUGAAACAGUUGACUCUAUCAAGCUAUCCGAUUUGUUUCAGUUCAUGCCUUCAUCAGAGGGACUGCACUUGUUCAGAAAUGGAACUGCCAAUUAAUAGAUCUAGAACAUUCCACAUGCACUUUGAAUAUGUUUUGUAUCAUUUUAAUGUUACUGAUCAUUUUUAAAAGACAUGCAUAUUUAAAAAAAAAGAAAUAGUCGGUGAGCUUAUGGUGAGGUCUUCGGAUUUUUUUGUAUACUGGUAUGUUUUUUAAAUGUACUUGAAGGUGAUGUCUUGUUUCUUUGGGAUACAGUCCAUAUGUGGUAUCCUGAAUCUUUUCUGUUCGAGUACAGGGUAUAUAUGUUUACAGAACAAGCAUGACAUUUUCAGUUCAAAGCACAUAAUGGUUCUGUCUAACACAAGUGCAACCAGGAUAUUGCUCUAUCGAACAAAUUACGUCCUAUGAAUUGUUACUUUUCUCCCGUUUGCUUAAUACAAAUGAAGGGAAAGGAUUACAGAUAACGGCACAAAUUAUUGCUUGUCACAAAAUCCCCAUGUAAAAAGAACCUCUUUUUAUCAUGCAUAACUUUUUGUGAAAUUAUUUCCAAAGUAUGACGUGGAAUUCUAAUACUAGACGGAACCUUUAAAUAUUGUCCAUGCACAUAAAAAAUACAACGAAAGUCGAGAUUUCCAACAGUAGCCGAGUGGAGGUUGAGUAAAGGCGCGUCUUUUCUCGAGCCGAAGAGAGGGGUAGAACAGUUAUUCUAAGCUUGCUACACACCCCUGUGAUCGGAGCUGUACGCAGGAAUGUAAAAUGGGCAAUAAUUCAUAGUCUGUAAAAUAACAUCAUUGCCAAGCUAAAAGUGCAGCUCAUUUGUGCUCUCUCUCUCUCUCGCUCUCUCUCUCCUGUGUACGUAUAGCUCUGCCUCACCAAAACACAGUGACAUACUGUAGAUACAUUAUACAUUAUGGAGUAGAACUGUUCAUGUACUUGUAACAGAUAAAGAAAACACAGGCAAAUCCACAAAAUAUGUUUCACAGACAACAAAUUCAACUGAAUUCAUAGUGUACAACCAUGGCUAUUUGUGUGCAUGCAAGUGUAUGUGUAACAUUGCAUAUAUACAAAUCUGUGAAUUAAAACUAGUUAGUAACAGAACAUUCAAGGAGCCGGAGUAAAGUAAAUGCCUUUGGUAGUAAAUACUGUAUAAAUUUAGCAGAAGUGCUGAGUUUACGAUUCACUUUUGGUCAGCGUCAUGUAGGAGGACCACAAAUUUCCUUAUGUAUUUAUAUGUAUUUAUUUUGGUUUAUUUGGUUAUUUGUUUAGCUUUAAAGGCUGAGCUGUUUAAUUGAAAAUCAGUUCCUAUAUACAGCCAGAUUUUGUCUGCUUUUUGUCCGACUUAUUGUGCCAAGAAAAUGAAAACCUGAGAUAUGUUUAUACGGAAGAACUGUGUGUGUGUGUGAGAGUACAUGGGUGCCUAUCGACUGCAUUUUUGUCUAAAAAUGUUUUUCUUUAAUUUUUUUAUUUUGGCGUUAUCUAAUGGCAGUUGGAUAAUCUACCUGCUGUGGAGUAUAACUUCUUUAAAUAUAUGAAGUGGGCAGUCACGAUUACUGCUGUACCAGCUGAGCAAACUGAGCUGGUUCAGUUUCCUUGCAGUGUCACAAACUUGGAUUUUUGCAUGAUUUCCUACAGACUCCGGGAAAAGAGGGAAGGUGAUAAGCAGGGAGAUGUUACAUUGCAGCCUACCAGUGUUUGCUCACGAAAUAUUGUGCUGUUAAUUCUAGAAUGUGCUGCAACUAUUAAGGAAACAGUGAAUUUUUUAAAUUAGUCCAGUCUAGAAAAUUCUUUCAUACAGUCAGUGAGAGAAAGUUAUAUUUUUUAAAUUAAAUUCAUCUUCUUGCAUCGUUGCUUUCAAAACAUAGUUGUACAUAUUUACAGUGGAUAUAACAGUGCACUCAGAUUUAUGAAGAAAAUGUAUACAAGUCCAUACAGUUUUUUUAAGUUCUUUAUAGUUCAUUUAAACCUGUGUAAAUAGACAGAAAAGCUAAUAUAGGUUAAAGAAUCUGAGUAUAGAGGCUGCUGACUUGCAUGGUCAGCUCAUACAUUUGACUGAGCCCAGCCCCCCCCCCCUUGUAUACCAUCUGGAAAAAAACAAAUACAUCUAGUAGAACAUGCUGGAAAUGGUGGAUGUAUUUCAGGUGCUGCAAAGACAUCACAUUUGCAGAUUAAGGAUGUGUUAUGUAACUAUAAUUCUUAUAUAAAAAGUUACAUAUUCCAGUACCUGAUGUGGCCGCAAAUAGCCUCCAGCAUCUUUAUUGAUAUUCUUGUUGCAACUUAAUGCAUGAACUGCAGUCCAACAAACAGAGAAAUUGUGCUGACCAAGACAGCAGCUACACAGAAUGACACAAGCAAUUAUACAAGCGAUAUAGACAAUUUCACACGUAUGCAUUACUGCCAGUUCGCAGGAUGAUGAGUAAUCAUACAGCAGCCCACCGUAUCCGGCACAGAAUGAAAGACUGCACAAGGCAACAUUUCAAUAUCACCCCACUUCUUACUCUGGAAACAUUCAAGAGCACAUGUAAGUAGUACUAAUGUACCAAAGGGCUCCAGGCAAUUCAACCAAACAAAAAAAGACUACUGUUUUAUCUAGCCAAAUGAAUUAUGUUUGAUCUGAUUAGCUUACCAUUUUAGCACUAGGUAAAAAAUAAAGUGUAGUUCACUGCUGUUCUUCUUGCGUAAAAGUGAAGAAACAACCCUAUAAACAAUUGAAAACACUUUGUGAUCUACACUUAAGAAAGUAGAACCAUUUAUGAUGCUAUUUUUGUAAAGGCUUAAAGUCCCAGGUUUUGCUGCAAAUUAGACACUCAUUCUUUUUGGAAGCACAAACAAAUCAUUGCCAUAAUGAAUAUCACAAUUUGUCUACUAAAAAGCUACUACCCUUAAUAUCAUCUCUGAGCAGAGAAUUAGUAAUGAAGUUUUAUUCUUAUGACUGAAUUAAAAGCAAGAAAUGAAUUUCAAUAUUAAAGUAUGUCUCUCACAUGCGCCAAUAUCAUUUUAAUAUAUCUUUUAUCGGGGGGUGCGGUGGCACAGUGGGUUGGA